GAAAGCUCGCAGCGUCUGGAUGGGACAGCAGGCCUCUGCUGUACCGGAUGAUUCGCCAAAGGAGCGAAGUCCAGGCGGAUUGGUGCAAGGAUGCGACAUCCGACGUGCAGAAGCCCAACCGCCACACCGACUUCGUGCGAAUCGUGCCUCCGGCUCGACCGGCACCACGGGCGAGUGGAUUCAGGUGUGGCGAGGCGUUGCCAAAAGGCCCAGAUGUGCUGGUCUCCGAGAUAACGCCAUCUUCAGCAACAAUCUUCUGGUCCAACAACCAGGAUGCGCGGAAAGCGCAUAUAGACGUAUUAUUGGAGAAGAAAGGCAGCUCUCUUCCCUUUGCCUUCUUCGAGGCCUCCGGGGACACAGCGUCCUUCGAGCUGCCCACAGGCAGCCUCCCCAAGUCGGCUGGCCCCUUCAGGGCACAGGUGGUGCUUGAGAGCGGUCCGGCAGAUCGGCCUCAACUGACCGAGCCCGGCAUGUCCGAGCCUUUCUGCACGCCCGCUGAGCCACCCUCGCCCGUGGUUUGCUUGCGACUCGUGGGCGAACCACGUGCUGACGGGUUCACGGUGGAGUGGCAACCACCUGGAGAUGAUGGAGGCAAUCCGGUCGAAGUUUACGAGGUGCACUUGUUGAACAGUUCGCAGAAGGACGAGGGGGUGCCUGCCGAGAGGGCCCAGGUGCGCCUCGCCAAUGGCAAGAACACGAUACUGUGCCACAGCACACAACAGUGCUUCUCCGGGCUGGCGCCGGGUUCAGAUUACACAGUGGAGGUCUGCGCCGUUGCUGCUGGUGUGAGCGGUGCCCUGUCCACGAUCGAGGUCUCAACCGCAUGCGCCGCGCCUGCAGCUCCCUCACAGCUCCGUGCACGGCUGAUGCCAGGAUGGGCGAGGACCAGCCAGGGCUGCAUCUGCAUCGCUGGCGAAGGCCCGGCGAGUCCGGACCUGGAUGUGGUGAAAUUGGAGUUCAUAUCUCCGGCCUCCGACGGGGGACAGCCGGUGCAAGUUUACACGAUCCACGGGGAAGAAGAGCUUUGCGAGGAUGCUCCAGAUGUUGAAGAUGCGACCGAGAGCCUUCCCAAGUCAGGGGCCAUCCUCCGAUCCAUCCAGGUCAUGGCAUCUUCCAUGUCCUGGUGUGCAGAGGUCUCCAGGUCAGGCAACUUGAGCGGGCUCAACCGCUCGCAGCGGGAAAAGCUUGCGAACUUCCAGCAGAUCACGGGGGCUCCCCAGAGAUUAGCCAUGGAGUUUCUCCGACGCACCUCCCUCAGCCUCAAUUGGUCCCUGGACCAAGCGCUGGAUGUCUUCUUCGCAGAAGGCAACUCUUUCGGUGCUGCCCCGCAAGAGCAGCUGGAUGCCAAGAAGCUGGAUGCGUUCUUCAGGAAGUACGCUUCCACGGAGGACCAGACGAUUAGACCCGAAGGCAUCGAGGAGCUCUGCGCUGAUCUGGGCAUCUCGACCCUUGAUCCCGUGACGUUGGUUCUUGCUUGGCACUGCCGGGCACAGCAGAUGGGUGUCUUCAGCAGGGAGGAGUUUCAGACUGGCAUGCAGCGCCUCGGAUCCGACGAGUUGCCGAAGCUCCGUGCUAAGCUGCCAGAGAUGCAGCAGGCUCUCCAAGAUCGCGGAGCUUGCAAAGAGGUCUAUGCAUUUACGUUUCAGUUCGCUCUAGAUCAAGGUUGCCUUCCCGUCGAUAUGUGCAUAGAGUUUUGGAAGCUCUUGCUGCCGGCACAUUUCUCGUUGCUCGAGACCUGGAUCAGUUGGGUGGAGCAAAAUGUGAAGAACCACGUGUCGAAAGCUUUUUCUACAGUCUUGAACUGGAGUAUGCCUAUGACUACAUGUUCAAGGAGUGCAGGCGCUCUUGGUGUCCUCGCUUUUCAGGACUGGAAGCAGCCGUGUCCCGUAGAGCAUGUCAAGCUCAUGCGCAGUAUACCUAACCUCCUGCUCUUGUGCCGCCCGCGCGGGCCUUUGGAGCGAGCCUUUGAUUUGGUUGGUUUUGCCCCUCACCGGGCAGUCGAGCAGCAUUAUGGCUCUAGAUCUUUGGGAUAG